GUGGUGUCCUAUUUCCUCACAGUUCUCAAGAAACAGAGCUUUUGGAGUUUUUGGCACUUAAAAAAAGGCCCAAACGACUCUGCUCUUCUCCAGGAACAUCCCCUUCCCUGCUCUUCUCAUCGACUUGGGUGAAUCGUCCAUAAUUUCAAGUAUCAAGAAUGCUCGAGAAGGCAUUUUGGAAGGGCUGCAACAGUUCCAUAGAGGAACUUCUGCAGUUCAUGGAUCAGCGAAAAUGGGAUCAGUUGGACUAUGAUUGUUUGGUGAAUAUCUUUGGAAAAGUUGGAAGAGGUGGUAUGGAGUCACUGCUCAUGGAUGUUCCUUUUGUCUGCAAGUCAUGGCAUAAAGCAAGCCUUGAUCCUAAAUGUUGGGAAAGUCUCAUUUUUCCCAUCAUUUUCACUAGUCUUUAUAAUUCUGAUGUUGAAACUGAAGACUGGACUUUUGAUCCCUUUUUAAAAAGAUUUGUUUUUGAAUACCGAAUCAACAAGAGCUUCUCCAUCACUGCAUUCAUAAAGUUUAUGGUCAAUCGUAGCAAAGGAUGUGCUACUGAAAUCAGGCUACCUGUGUGUGCUUCACAAGAAGCACUGAAACAUGUUGCAGCUUCGUGUCCUUGCCUAAAGAAUUUGACUUUACCCACUGAUGUAGUCUACUAUAAAUCAAGAAUGAUCCCUGAUAUGAUUGGCAAGUGGAAAGAUUUGGAGUAUUUGCUAAUGGGAAGCUGCUACCAUGAUAUGGAGAAAAUCAUUUCCCAAAUAGGCCUUCACUGCAAGAAUUUCUAUUAUUUAGAUAUUCCUGACUGUCUGGUUCGCAAAGAUGCUGCAUUGGCAAUUGCAAAGUUGCCUAAUCUUAAGCACAUAAUUAUGAUGAAUGCAAAGAUCGAACGGGUUAAUUUUGUUAGAUUACUGAAGGGCUGCAAAAAACUUGUGUCUUUGGAUGCCAGAAAUUGUCUUGGUUUCGAUGCAGGUGAUAAGGAAAUAUCAAAACUUGCUUCUCAUAUCAGUGAUUUCAAAUGCCAAGGUUCUAGAUUUUUUGAUCGCCAUUCCAAGGAGGGAAAAUAUGUUUGGUUUCAUGAUUCUGUCUAUGAUGGACGCUGAUGUGAGGAAAUCUGUUUUGGAUUUGUCAUCUUUAGUAUAGUACGUAGAUGCAGAUCAGGAAGCCGCUUUGAACCAUCUUUUGUGCAGGAACUCUCAACGGAAGAAGUGGAACCUGCAAUGGUGUCUCUAAAAUAUUUUAUAUUUUGCUGGCCGGUCAAUGGUUACUUGUUGGAUCAUCCUAGUCCUUUUGGUUGUGAUUGUUUUCAACUAGGUUAUGUGAUUUUUCUUUUGCUUGUUUUUAAAGUGUAGGUUGGUAAUCCUUUUAGGUUUCCUGCUACUCUUUUGUGAUGCUUAUCAUAUGUGCAUCUCUUCUUCGUUCAAAAUGUCUCGAGAUUCU